GAGUGUCUGAGCGCAGUCUGCAUCCCCGACUUGGUUCGGGGUCGCGAGUCUUUUGUGUUUCCCCGGGCAGUUUCUGUGUGCUGUAAACCUGGCCAUGGUCUCCCUGAAUGUUCCCGUCGACCCCCUGGGCUCAUGUAAUCAAAGAAGUUUCUUUGUUGUGUGUAUCUUUACAGAACACAACAGGAAUUGAAAAUGCAUCAGAACACUGAGUCUGUGGCUGCCACUGAAACUCUGGCUGGGGUACCUGAACACGUGCUUCGAGGACUUCCAGAGGAAGUGAGGCUUUUACCAUCUGCAGUUGACAAGACCCGGAUUGGUGUCUGGGCCACUAAACCAAUUUUAAAAGGGAAAAAGUUUGGUCCGUUUGUUGGUGAUAAGAAGAAAAGAUCUCAGGUUAGGAAUAACGUAUACAUGUGGGAGGUGUACUACCCAAAUCUGGGGUGGAUGUGCAUUGAUGCCACUGAUCCGGAGAAGGGCAACUGGUUGCGCUAUGUGAACUGGGCCUGCUCAGGUGAAGAGCAGAAUUUAUUUCCACUGGAAAUCAACAGAGCCAUUUAUUAUAAAACCUUAAAGCCAAUCGCGCCUGGCGAGGAGCUCCUGGUCUGGUACAAUGGGGAAGACAACCCCGAGAUAGCAGCUGCGAUUGAGGAAGAGCGAGCCAGCGCCCGGAGCAAGCGGAGCUCUCCGAAGAGCCGCAGAGGAAAGAAGAAAUCCCAAGAGAAUAAAAACAAAGGCAUCAGAACCCAGGCCACACAGCUGAAGGCAAGUGAGCCCGACCCUACCUUUGCAAACAUGAGAGGCUCUGCAGAAGGUCCUAAGGAAGAGGACAAGAGGCCUUUGGCUUCCGCACCUGAGCAGCCAGCCCUUCUUCCUGAGGUGAUCAGCCAGGAUGCAGUUCCACAGGUGGUCAUACCUCUCCCUGCCUGCGAGCCACAGCCAGAGCCAGAUGGGAAACAAGAAGUCACAGACUGUGAGACCAAUGAUCUGGAGGAAGAGGAAGAAGAGGAGGAGUUGGAAGAGGAGGAGGAGUUGGAAGAGGAGGAGGAGUUGGAAGAAGAUGGGGAGGAAGAAGCUGACAUGCUGAAUGAAAGCUCUGUGAAAGAGCCAGAAAUACGAUGUGAAGAAAAGCCAGAGGAUUUAUUAGAAGAACCACAGAGCAUUUCAAAUGAAACUUCUGAAGACUCUCCAGACAUGGCCCCUCUUCUCCACAUCUCUAGAACUAGAGAGGAGGCCGACGGUGAUGCGUUUGAAACAUUUAUGUUUCCAUGUCAGCAUUGUGAAAGAAAAUUUGCAACCAAGCAGGGCCUUGAACGUCACAUGCAUAUCCACAUGUCUACAAUCAAUCAUGCUUUCAAGUGCAAGUACUGUGGGAAAGCGUUUGGCACACAGAUUAACAGAAGACGGCAUGAACGUCGCCAUGAAGCGGGGUUAAAGAGGAGACCUAGCAUGACACUACAGCCCUCAGAGGACCUAGAUGAUGGCAAGGGGGAAAAUGUCACUUCUAAAAAUGAGUCAAGUCCACCUCAACUUGGACAAGACUGUCUGAUAUUGAACUCAGAGAAAGCCUCCCAGGAAAUAAUAAAUUCAUCUUUUGUGGAAGAGAACGGCGAAGUUAAAGAACUUCAUCCCUGCAAAUAUUGCAAAAAGGUAUUUGGAACUCACACCAAUAUGAGACGACAUCAGCGCAGGGUUCAUGAACGCCAUCUGAUUCCCAAAGGUGUCCGUCGAAAAGGAGGACUCCUGGAAGAGCCACAGCCACCAGCAGAGCAGGCCCCACCUUCCCAGAAUGUCUAUGUACCAAGCACAGAGCCAGAGGAGGAGGGGGACGCUGACGAUGUCUACAUCAUGGACAUUUCAAGCAACAUCUCUGAAAACCUAAAUUACUAUAUUGAUGGUAAGAUUCAGACCAACAACAGCACUAGUAAUUGUGAUGUGAUUGAGAUGGAGUCUAAUUCUGCACACUUAUAUGGCAUAGAUUGUCUGCUUGCCCCAGUAACAGUGGAAAUUACUCAAAAUAUAAAGAGCACCCAGGUCUCUGUAACAGAUGAUCUUCCCAAAGACUCUCCCAGUAGCACAAAUUGUGAGUCUAAGAAACGGAGAACUGCCAGUCCACCUGUGCUCCCCAAAAUUAAAGCUGAAGCAGAUUCUGACUCCACAGCGCCCUCAUGUUCCUUAAGUUUGCCUCUGAGCAUGUCCACAACAGAGGUAGUGUCUUUCCAUAAAGAGAAGGGUGUCUAUUUAUCUUCAAAGCUCAAGCAGCUUCUUCAGACCCAGGACAAACUGACUCCUCCUGCAGGAAUUUCAGCGGCUGAGAUUCCGAAGUUAGGUCCCGUGUGCGUUUCCGCUCCUGCGUCUAUGUUACCAGUGACCUCUAGUAGGUUUAAGAGGCGCACCAGCUCUCCACCCAGUUCUCCACAGCACAGCCCUGCCCUUCGAGACUUUGGGAAACCAAGUGAUGGGAAAGCAGCAUGGACAGAUACAGUUCUGACUUCCAAGAAACCCAAAUUAGAAAAUCAUAGUGACUCUCCAGCAUGGAGUUUGUCUGGGAGAGAUGAGAGAGAAACUGGAAGCCCUCCUUGCUUUGAUGAAUACAAAAUAACAAAAGAAUGGGCAGCCAAUUCUACUUUCAGCAGUGUGUGCAACCAACAGCCAUUGGAUUUAUCCAGCGGGGUCAAACAGAAGUCCGAGGGCACAGGCAAGACUCCAGUGCCAUGGGAAUCUGUAUUGGAUCUCAGUGUGCAUAAAAAGCCUUGUGAUACUGAAGGCAAGGAAUUCAAAGAGAACCAUUCAGCACAGCCAGGCUGUGGUGCUGCAAAGAAGAAGAAACCAACCACCUGCAUGCUACAAAAGGUUCUUCUCAAUGAGUAUAAUGGUGUUAGCUUACCUACAGAAACCACACCAGAGGUGACCAGAAGCCCAAGUCCUUGUAAAUCCCUAGAUACACAGCCAGAUCCUGAACUUGGUCCUGAUUUGAGUUCCUCAGCCCACACUGUUGAGUCCCCACCAGAAGUUGUUGGUCCUUCAUCACCCUCUCUACAGACAGCCUCCCUGUCUUCGGGUCAGCUGCCUCCUCUCUUGAUCCCCACAGAGCCUUCUUCCCCUCCCCCGUGCCCUCCUGUGUUGACGGUUGCCACUCCACCGCCUCCCCUCCUUCCAACUGUCCCUCUCCCCACUCCCUCUUCAGAUGCGUCUCCUCAGCAGUGCCCCUCUCCAUUCUCACAGGCCACUGCCCAGUCUCCUCUCCCAGUUCUCUCCCCGACAGUGUCCCCUUCACCCUCGCCCAUUCCUCCUGUGGAGCCCCUCAUGUCUGCUGCGUCCCCUGGUCCUCCGACACUUUCCUCCUCCUCCUCCUCCUCCCCCUCUUCCUUCUCUUCCUCUUCAUGCUCCUCCACAUCCCCCUCACCUCCUCCUCUCUCAGCAGUGUCCUCUGUGCUUUCCUCUGGUGACAACCUGGAAGCAUCUCUCCCUGCAAUAACUUUCAAACAGGAGGAGUCAGAGAGUGAAGGUCUGAAACCCAAGGAAGAGGCCCCACCUGCAGGUGGACAGAGUGUUGUCCAAGAAACCUUCAGCAAAAACUUUGUUUGCAAUGUCUGUGAAUCACCUUUUCUUUCCAUUAAAGAUCUAACCAAACAUUUAUCUGUUCAUGCUGAAGAAUGGCCCUUCAAAUGUGAGUUUUGUGUGCAGCUUUUUAAGGGUAAGACUGACCUGUCACAGCAUCGAUUUCUGCUUCACGGAGUUGGGAAUAUCUUUGUGUGCUCUGUGUGUAAGAAAGAGUUUGCCUUCUUGUGCAAUUUACAGCAGCACCAGCGAGAUCUCCACCCAGAUGAGGUGUGCACACAUCACGAGUUUGAAAGUGGGACCCUGAGGCCCCAGAACUUCACAGACCCCAGCAAGGCCCAUGUGGAGCAUAUGCAGAGUUUGCCAGAAGAGCCUUUGGAAACUUCUAGAGAGGAGGAGUUAAAUGAUUCCUCUGAAGAGCUUUACACGACCAUCAAAAUAAUGGCUUCUGGAAUAAAGACGAAAGAUCCAGAUGUCCGACUUGGUCUCAAUCAGCACUACCCGAGCUUUAAACCACCUCCAUUUCAAUACCACCAUCGAAACCCCAUGGGUAUUGGCGUAACGGCCACAAACUUCACUACCCACAAUAUUCCACAGACUUUCACCACUGCCAUUCGCUGCACCAAGUGUGGAAAGGGUGUUGAUAAUAUGCCUGAGCUGCACAAACAUAUCUUGGCAUGUGCAUCUGCAAGUGACAAGAAGAGGUACACCCCUAAGAAAAACCCAGUGCCCCUGAAACAAACUGUGCAACCCAAGAACGGAGUGGUGGUUUUAGACAACUCUGGGAAAAACGCCUUCAGACGGAUGGGGCAGCCCAAGAGACUGAGCUUCAAUGUUGAACUCAGCAAAGUGUCUCCCAAUAAGCUCAAGCUAAGUGCACUGAAGAAGAAAAAUCAGCUGGUCCAGAAAGCGAUCCUUCAGAAGAACAGAUCUGCAAAGCAGAAGACAGACCUGAAGGACACUUCUGAGAUAUCCUCGCACAUUUGCCCUUACUGUGACAGGGAGUUCACAUACAUCGGCAGCCUGAAUAAGCACGCCGCUUUCAGCUGUCCUAAAAAACCCCUUUCUCCUUCCAAAAGAAAAGUUUCCCAUUCAUCUAAGAAAGGUGGCCACGCAUCACCUGCCAGCAGUGACAGAAACAGCAGCAGCAAUCCCCGGAGACGGACCGCAGACACGGAGAUUAAGAUGCAGAGCACGCAGGCGCCCUUAGGCAAGACCAGAGCUCGGAGCUCAGGCCCUGCCCAAGCCUCACUGCCCUCCUCAUCCUUCAGAUCCAGACAGAAUGUCAAGUUUGCAGCUUCAGUCAAAUCCAAAAAAGCAAGCUCUUCAUCCUUGAGGAACUCCAGUCCUAUAAGAAUGGCCAAAAUUACUCAUGUUGAGGGCAAAAAAUCCAAGGCUGUUGCCAAGAGUCAUUGUGCUCAGCUCUCAAGCAAAUCGUCCCGAAACCUGCAUGUGAGAGUGCAGAAGAGCAAAGCUGUUGUACAAAGCAAGACUGCUGUGGCCAGUAAGAAAAGAACAGACCGCUUCAUAGUGAAGUCUAGAGAGCGGAGUGGGGGCCCUAUCACCAGAAGCCUUCAGCUGGCAGCUGCUGCAGACCUGAGUGAAAGCAGGAGAGAGGACAGCAGUGCCAGGCAUGAGCUGAAGGACUUGAGCUACAGUCUCCGCCUGGCGUCCCGAUGCACCUCAUCAGCAGCCCCUUACAUCACCAGACAGUGCAGAAAGGUCAAGGCCGCAGCAGCAGCAGCUCAGUUCCAGGGACCCUUCUUCAAAGAGUAGGCACUUUGUCUGCUCCCUGACAGCACCUGAAGUGACCUGGAAUCAGUGAAGCCAAAGGGACCAGCAUUCUGCCCUGCAGAGAGUACUGACCUCUCCCAGUUGUGAAAGCAAGAGAGAGAGCGAGAGUGAGCCAGAAAGAGAGAGAGAGAGAGAGAGAGAGAGAGAGAGAGAGAGAGAGAGAGAAUGAAUGUGUGCAUGUGUGUGUGCUGGUGCAUGCAUGUGGUCUUCAAGCCAAGGUCCCAGCCUCGGGAGCAGGAAGGCAGUAGCCUUCGCAUCAUCCUCCAGCUGAUCCUUGGACGUGGCCCAGAACCGUGCUCUGUGGUGCAGCCAUCCUGCCCGGAGGGGCGUCUCCUUCUAUGCAAUUUUUUAAAGAGUUCCUUGACCCUGCUUUGUGCUUCUUGAGCUGUCGCUUGCCAUCACUGGGGCUUCAGUCUGGCCCUGAGGGGUGGAGAGGGAUCCUAUCUAAGGAUGACCUUUCAGAGGCCGAGCUCCCCUUCAUGCCAGCCCCUCCCUCACCAACAUUCUCCUCACACUGUCUCUGGGAAUCAAUAGCAAAUAGCAUAUAGAUCCAUCAGGGCUGAGCCUGAACCUUGGCCCCAGCACUUGGAAACCCCCUUUCUCCCUAAGCAACCAGAGCCUCCAGCUUUCAAAUCAUUUUCUCCUUUGACGAUCCAGAGUCCACUGCUCUGAAGUCUCUGCAGGGAACCCUAGAGCCCGUGAAUCCGGGAGGCAGACUCUGCGCCCGCCCAGCUGUUUUCAGACCUGCUUUCUUGUUUAGAGGAAGCAGUGGUUAGGGACUUUGAGGUGGAGGCGUGACUCUCCUGUGCCCUUCCUUGUCUCACUUGGUGGACCUCCUAUACUCUUAGCAUCUGGACGUUUCAAGUUAGCUGCGAAGGGAAGCAAAGAAAAAAUUGUAAAAAGGGAAAUGAAAAAAAAUAUGGUCGGGUUAAAGAAAACAAAACAGGAGUGUGAAUGGGUGAUUUUCUCCGCCCGCUGACCUCUGCUCUGGUGGACAGUUGGAGUCUGGGAGAAACAUGGGACUGAGCUCAGAGUUCGCACCUGGGUCACUGAGGUUCUUGGGUUUUGUGCCUUUGGGGCGGAGGAUGCCUGAGACAUUUUUGGUGCUGUUUCCUCAGCUCCGUUCUGGUCCCAACAUGUCGAAGUGGGAGGACAGAACUUGGGAGAGUUGUCAUACAUGAAAGGGGUUUUCUUUUUCAGGGCUACUAUGGUUGAUCUUACAACUCUGUAAAUAUGUAUGUAGACACUUUUAAAAGCACGUAUUUAUGGCCCCGACUGUAAAUGCUCCAUUUUUAAAGUUUUAUAACGUGUGUUAUUUAAUUAAUCAGUCGACUGGCUGCAGUAAGGGGACUGACUGGUCCAGGAAAAAGGGUCCCUAGAGACUCACAUGGGCAGACAAACAUCCAUCAUUGUCCAGUGUUACAGUUUUCCUGUUCACCCACCCAGCUAAACUCUGGUGUUCCCUUUUUUAUUUCUUCAACUGGAAUUUUUCCUUUUACACACCCUGCAGUUAAUCCUUGCAAGCAUGGACUCGUGGCUGUUGCUAGCCCCACAGACACAGUGUGCCCCACAGCUGGCCACACGGACUCUAUCUCAGCCUCUCCCAGCAGCCAGGAAAGCUCACGAACCCAAAGCCAUGGCAAGCUGCUUUCAGUCAAACUUUGGAAAAUGUUGCUGGGCUCUUGGGGGAUUCUUUCUCUCUCUCUCUCUCUCUCUCUCUCUCUCCCUCUCUCUCUCUGCAUGUGCAAAUUGUGCUGGGUCACCCGUCAACACUUCCCAGAUUGUCAGGAAAACAAGGAGAAAGUAUUGUCAGGAGUGGUGUUUCCUGGUCAGUGGAGGUCUUCCAGCAUGGUUCUAGGCCACGCGAGAAGACAGUUCUGUAUCUGCCAUGUGAAGAAAGUGAACAAUAAAAGUGCGGAGCGAUUGUGAAACACA